GAAAAUGUUUUUUCAAAAAUUUCAAUUAAUUUUUAUGGCUUUUCAUAAUUAACUGUUAAGAUUUAUAAUUUUUUAAAUAAAAUUUCUAAAUUAGAAUGUGAUUUAAUCUGUAGUCUUGAUAACCCAGGGGCGGCAACAAAUGUCACUCAAUCUCAUGCGUUGUUCUUGUUGUCAGGUAGCUAUUGAGCGCACGAAUUCCAUUAUCAGUUGUAAUAAAGUAGUUUAAUUAUGAUUCGUUUCAUUCUCAUUCAAAACAGAGCUGGAAAAACCAGGUUAGCUAAAUGGUACAUGAACUUCGAUGAUGAUGAAAAACAGAAAUUAAUAGAAGAUGUUCAUGCAGUGGUGACCGUACGGGAUGCCAAGCACACUAACUUUGUUGAGUUUCGGAACUUCAAGAUUGUUUAUAGAAGAUACGCUGGUUUAUAUUUUUGCAUUUGCGUUGAUGUCAAUGACAAUAAUUUAUGUUAUUUAGAAGCAAUACAUAAUUUUGUUGAAGUAUUAAAUGAAUAUUUCCAUAAUGUAUGUGAAUUGGACCUGGUGUUCAAUUUUUAUAAGGUGUAUACAGUUGUAGAUGAAAUGUUUUUAGCAGGUGAAAUAAGAGAAACAAGUCAAACGAAAGUACUAAAACAGCUUUUGAUGUUAAAUUCCUUAGAAUAAAAUUAUUCAGUUUACUUUAUUGUAUUAAUCGAAUACGUCAUAAAGAUGUAAAAAAAAAUAAACUAUG